GUCAAAUCCGAAAUCGUCAUCAUUCGUGCUGGAGCCCGACUUAUCGCCGCCAGUUCGACGUCAGUCGUCAUCCACUCUGUGUCCGUGGGCUCCGUAGUCGUUACUCCCUUGCGAUGACUUUAAAACGGUAUUGUGGAUCUGUUGCCCGGCGACGACCAUAGUGGCUUAAUAGGAUUGGAGUAGUUCUGUCGAUGUGAUGCCGACUCAAGUGCUCCAUACCAAUAGCAACGUCAAAAACGUAUUGCAGAUAAUGAACGCCGAACCGUCGUCAGCGCCCAACAACAAUUCUCAACAGCAUCUAAUGAAUGACGAGACGGCAGGUGGUCGUUCGCCGAUCACCGGCAGACAGAAGAUCACAGUCGUUAUACUGUGCUUUGUCAAUUUGAUAAACUACAUGGACCGGUACACAAUAGCAGGUAUUCUAGUCGAUAUUCAACGCCAAUUUAGAAUCGGAGACGACAAAGGUGGCCUACUGCAAACCGCAUUCGUCAUAAGUUACAUGAUAUGCGCUCCAGUCUUUGGCUAUCUGGGAGAUAGAUACAAUAGAAAAUACAUAAUGGCUUUCGGCGUAUUUCUGUGGUCAUUAACUACAUUCGUCGGUUCUUAUAUGAACGAAUAUUAUUUAUUUUUGUUCUUCCGGAGUUUGGUUGGUGUCGGUGAAGCUAGUUAUUCGACUAUUGCGCCUACAAUUAUAAGUGAUAUGUUCGUAAAGGACGUGAGGUCGAAAAUGUUGGCUCUAUUUUAUUUCGCCAUACCCGUGGGAAGUGGUUUAGGCUAUAUCGUCGGCUCGGAAACCGCUAGGAUUCUCGGUUCUUGGCACUGGGGAUUGCGUGUCACGCCGCUGCUCGGCAUGUUGGCUGUCCUCCUGAUAAUGUUCGUUAUGGAAGAACCCGAACGAGGUCAGAGCGAAGGGUAUUCUCACUUGACCACAACGUCUUGGUCUGAGGACAUACAAUUAUUGUGUCGGAAUCGGAGUUUUAUGUUGUCCACUGCCGGAUUCACUUGCGUGGCUUUUGUCACGGGUUCUUUGGCCUGGUGGGGUCCCCAAAUUAUGUGGUCUGGACUUAAAAUGCAAGAAGGUUACGAGGACGUGACGAUAAACAGCGUAUCGCUGAACUUUGGAAUAAUAGCUAUGGCGGCCGGUCUUAUCGGUGUGCCUUUAGGUUCAUACAUGGCUCAACGGCUGAAAGUGCACUAUCCCAAAGCAGACCCGUUGAUCUGCGCUGGCGGUCUUCUGAUAUCGGCUCCACUGCUGUUUCUGGGACUAGCGCUUGCAGACAAGUACAAUUAUCUUGUGCUGGCUCUGAUAUUCUUUGGUCAAGUUUCACUGAAUCUUAAUUGGUCGAUCGUAGCCGAUAUACUAUUAUAUGUCGUCAGUCCUACUAGACGAUCAACUGCUGAAGCAUUUCAAAUUUUGUUUUCACAUGCAUUUGGAGAUGCUGGUAGCCCAUAUCUCAUUGGAGUGAUUUCAGAAAUUUUAAAAAAACUCUUUGCAAAAGGGAGCUUACCAGUACUUAUGGCUUCUAUGACAUUAGCCAGUAAUAAUUUACAAACCUCCAUUGGUGACAAACAAGAUAACAUUAACAACUUCCACAGUCUUCAAUAUGCAUUGUUCAUUACAAGUUUUAUUGAAGUAUUAGGUGCAAUGUUUUUCUUCUUUACUGCUUCCUAUAUUGUCAAGGACAAGGAAUUAGCAGAAACAGAGACUCCAGAUAAUGGACCAGUUACUGUUCAAAACAGGUAUCCCGUGGACGAAACACGUUUGCACGGUCAUUCCAAUCCCCGUUUUGUAGCCUAAAACCAAUGAAAAAAUAAAAAGAAUGACAAUAAAUUUCAUUUUGUGUAAAUUUCAUUUGCGAAAUGCUUGAGUUGUUGUUACGUUACAAUAUUGCAAUUUUAUGUCUCACUGUAUUACACUGUCGUUUGUUAACUGAAAAACGCAUUCGUCUUACAUACAUACCUAAUAAUAAUGUAAAUGUUCACAUUAAAUCUAUCUGUGAUACUUUGAAUAUCGUAAACUAACUCAAAAUCAUAAUAAUUAUUUAAUACAACUGUUAAUUAUGUAUAGAAAGUAACAUGAUUGUACCCACUAUUAUAAAAUGUUAAUCUGAAAAAAACUGCCCUUGUUAAUCUGUUAUAAUAGUAAAGCUGUUGAUGUUUUUUUGUA